GUUUAGUUGCAUUAGCAUAUGCAAUCGGUCUAUAGUUGCGUACCGCACGUACAUCCGCCACUAUUGUUUCUACCCAUUGACUUAAUCAUGUUCUAAUCGACGUCUCUUAGCUACCUCUCAUUAACCCACCAUUGUCUUCUAUAUUCUUAAUAUUUCAUUCUCCUACUAAAUUGGGUACAUGCAUAGCAAAUAGCAAACUCAGACUAUAUAAUUUACAUCUUUUAGCUUCCUCUCAUUAACACACCAUUGUCUUCUACAUUCCUAAGAUUUCAUUCUCCUACUAAAUUGGGUACAUGCAUAGCAAAUAGCAAACUCAGACUACAUAAUUUUGAUUACACAGCAAACAAUCUCAACUUUUAUACUCCUAUAGUAGCCGUACAUUUUAAUUCCGGAGGUCACCCUCAGGGUGGAGGAGCAAAUCUUGUAUUCUGUCUGGGUAACCUCCAGCCUGAAGGUACGAAUAUCCAUUUUAACAUGUUAUCCCUUUUUUUUAAAAAAAAUCCCUUCCUCUCCCCUAUAUUCCUCACUCUGGCCUCUUACCUGCCUAUCAGCUCCCACUGGUCCUCCUAUGGUCACCACUCCUCUCCUAUCAGAUUCCCUAUUUUCCGGUUCUAUCUUUACUACCCACCUGGUUUCACCCAUUAACCUCCAGCUAUCCUCCUUCUCCUAGAUCCCCAGUCUUUUACUCUUCGUUCCUUUCUAGUCCCGAAGGGUCUCAGCACAAAACCCUUUUACCACGUUACCACGUGGUAUUAAUUUUUAAUAUAAUUUUUACCACGUUAAUAUACUUCCGCUGUAGACUCACGUCGCUAGAAUUAGACUUGACCUGGCUGGCUUGCAGAAGGCAGGCAUUACAGUACUGAAAAUAUUAUGCGUAACGCCCGCAAUUUAAAGAUGGCGGCUUGGAAAGUGCUCUAUUCCAGCGAGGGCCGAUUACCCAGGCUGCAGAGCGAGAGCGGGAGCUGUGAGAAGAUGGCGGAGCCCCGGAGCGGGCCGGGGUCGGCGGCCGCCGGUGAGAGCGAGCCUGACGGUGAUGUGGGCGGGGGGCUGCUUGACGUCAGCUCCCCGCACUUCGACCCGUACCUGGCGUUGUACAGCCCGCGGCCGCCGCCACUGCCCUUCCCGUCCGUGCGCACUUUUAACAACGUGGCCGAGUACGAGUCGUUCCUGCAGCGGCGGUCCCGCGCCCGCACCCCGGGCCCAGGCCCAGGCCCAGGCCCGGGCCCGGCCCGAACCCGCGGCAGCCGCCGCGCAGCGCGGGCUGCCUCCGACCCCGAGAGGAUCGAGCGGCUCAAGAAGCUGAUGGUGGCGCAGCCGGACAGCGAGGAGAAGCCGCGAUGCCGCCGGAGGGACCGCGCCCCCAAGAACGUGAUGACCAGGAUGGCCCUUCAUGAAGGAAGUCCUCUGGGUGAACUCUAUCGGUGUGUCCAGGACAGAAUAAAGAUUAGUGUCCACAUCAGGACUUUCAAAGGACUUCGGGGUGUUUGCUCAGGAUUCUUGGUGGCAUUUGAUAAAUUCUGGAAUAUGGCACUUGUUGAUGUAGAUGAGACCUUCAGGAAACCCAUUCUUGGGAAAGCUUUUUACAAUGAACCAGUGCUCACGGUUGGCAGGCUUUUUGAUCGGCUAAGGCUUCAAGAAUCCAAAGGUGAGGAACCCAUUUCCAAGACUACAGAACAAACUGGCUCGUUCCCAAAGAGGAUUGUGGAUAGGGAAGUUGGACUGGAUAACAGCAAAAGUCUGAGCUGUAGUGUUACAGCAGAACCUACGCAACAAACUUUGGACACUAUAAACCUGCCUCUGCAGAGCAAAGCUGCAGGUUGUGAUCUGUUGAAGAGGAGUUCCAAACAGGUGGGCUUGGGGACAAGGUCUCAUGCAAGCGAGAAACAGAAAAGUAAAAAAACCAAGGUGGAUUAUCAGCAGGUUUCUCAAAGGCACCUGAAACAACUGUUCAUCCGGGGUGAAAAUAUCUUGCUCAUUAGUAUAAGACAAUGAUAAAUGCAACCACGCCCAAAGGCUUGAUAGACUGGCCUUAUAGAAUAUUUUAACAAGUAGGCUAGAAGGUGCAAAUGUGUAUGCUGACUUUAAAACUUCAACUGCCUGGAAAUCUGGCUGUUAACUUCCAUGAGUAGAAAAUAAUCUGAGUUAAUGAUGUGUUUGAACAGUAAACAUAAACAUCUUGUUUCUGCGCUGAACUGUUGUGAAGUUAGUUUACUCAAUGGGAACUUGAAUACUGAAAUUGUUCAUGCAGUACUGUUGGAAGUAUAGAAUUUUGAUGAAACUGUUGUACUCACCUGACCAUGUUUAUUUUUAUUCUGUUGCCCUUUGAUUGAAAUGUGUUUCAACUACCAUUCUAAUAGUGGAUGAUUUGCUUCAGAACUGGUAUUUCGUGUAUUUUUCUGCCUAAAAUGACUUUGGAAAUAACGCUUUGAAAACGCUCCAGCCUAGGGUUGAUGUGAAGUAAAUGGUGUAGGUGUCUAAGGAGAAACAUUCUUUUGUGUUUGGUGAUCUUGUUAUGUGGACUCAUCAUGGUAAUGUAAGGUGGCUUUUUGGCCUAAUAUGUAUUUGCCAGAAAUUUCAUUUGUGCUUUCUAAGUAGUCUGGUCAUUUUGUUUUCAUUUUUGUAAAUGAUUGCUCUCAGAAUUAAAAGGUGCAUUCCUGAUUGUUAGCUCCA